ACGCCCAGCGACUUCCUCCAGAAGUGUUUCUACUCAGCGCCGAGGUCUUGCCUGCCCCAAACCAGAACUACGUUCCCCAGAAUUCCUUGCGGUAUCGGCUUCUCCAGGGACACGUUUGGACAUUUAGGGAAGAGAUUUGAAAAACUGUAAUUGUAGUUCUAGGAAGUCAUCCCAAAGGAAACGUCCAUGGGUUAUGCAGCUAUUAGUUUAAAUAACAAAAAGUACGGACCACCGUGAACCAUGAAAUCGUGUGUAACUUGAGGAGUUGUUCAUGUUACCGGUGGGAGAUUCUGCAUUGUGUGAAUGGAGGUCUCGGUUCUUGGAUUCCCCACGAAAGAAUAACCUGAGGAUUCGCGCUUGAAUAAAGACAGCUAAGAAGGAAGGCAGCAAGCACAAAGAAGCUUUUUAAGAACCGUACACUUUCAAGGAUGUGGGCUUAGGCAUGGGCUGCACACCCUGACUUCCUUCCACGGGGCGCCGCACCGAAAGGGGGCAGAGAGUAACUUCACAGUGGAGACACCUGACGGAGGCCACCUCAGCCCGGUGGUCAAGGUCAACAUCGUAGUGAAAAGUCACGCUGACGGCAUGUGCCCUGGACACAGUGCGCCAAGAAGGACACCUCACCUCUGCGGUCCUCCCCCAAACUGUCACCCCUAGGCCAACCAUGGAAAAACACCAGACAAAUCCCAACUGGGGAGCAUCUUACAAAACACCUGACCAGUCCUCAAAACUGUCAAGGUCAUCAAGAGCAAGAAAGCCCGAAACUGUUUUUCAGCCCAGAAGAGCCUAAGGAGGUGUGGCAACUAAAUGUAACCUGGGGUCCUGGGUCCAAAAGAGGACAUUAAGAAAAACUGAGGGAAUCUGAAUAGUGUAUAGACUUUAGUUACUAAUAAUGUAAGACGUUAGUUAUCAGUAUUGGUUCAGUCAUUAUAACAGAGGUGCCAUAGACCUGGAAGAUGUUAAAAGGAGGAGAAACUGGAAUUGGAGCAUAUGGAACAUUUUUGUACCGUCUUCGCUAUUUUUCUGCAAAUCCAAAACUAUUCUAAGAUAAAAUGAUCCUUUAAAAAAAAAAAAGUAACAAGGCUAAAAUCAGAAAAAUGGCAGCCCGUUUCCACUGGAAUUUUAGAGGGAAAAACUUACUGUUUGCCAGGGCCAGGGCCAGAGCAAGGGGAGUAAGGCACUCGCAUCAGCUGCAGAAAUUAAGGGCGCACCAAAAGGUUCUAUUAUCAAUCACACCCAUUUUACAGCUGCAGAAACCGAGGCUGAGAGGAAAUCACUCGCCCAGGUCCUACAAGGGCUCUUCGCCCACAACCUCGGCCUCUGACCUGCAGUUGUGGUCCCGAGCCGACCCCAAAGUUUGAAGGCCAGGGCAGGGCAAAGUCAGCUUUGCCAAGGGUCACGUGUUUGCACUUAGGGGCCUGGCCAGGGUGGGAGACCCCUCCUCAAGGGGCUUCAGCAAGAUCCUCCCAUUCUUUGUUAUUUGGCUGCUGAGUCCAGCCCCUUCUGAGGCCUCUCCCUGGACCCCCGACACUCCCCGGGCACUUUGGGUUCACCGUAUCCCAAAUGGUCCAGGUUGUCUUUCCUCAGAAUGGCCGUAUUUCUGUGUUACCCACCUUUCUUCCUGCCCUGCAUCCAUUGAGCGCCUACUGGACACCGAAGCACUUUGCUAGAAACUCCUCACUGGCCCCUACUGACGAGGCCGCUCUCCUGUUAUUGCCCCACUUUACAGAUGACAAAAUGGAGGUUCAGAGGGUUUACUUGGUGCCCUGGGAUAGAGAGACAGAAUCUAGAAGUCGGAGCCUAUUUCCUGCUGGAGCCAGGACAGGGACCUGGGCGACUUUAUUUGUUGGCUGUGGCGGCCCCUGGUGGCCAAGUUGAGAACUGCGGCCUGCGCGGAGGGCGGGGGGCAUCCAGAGCCUCUCUGGGCUUGGGCUUUCAUUUUCCCAGCCUCCAGUCCCUCCACAGACACCCUGCAUGGUUUCCUAUAGUCCCCUCGGUGGGCCCAGGGACGCUAAGUGAGCCCCGGCUGGGUCAUCACGGAGACCCCUAAACACAAUAUCCAGCCUGUUGGGUCAGAGCCAGGCCCUGCCCCCAGUCUUCCACACACCUCUCAGCCUCAGUUUCUCCGGCUUGAGGCCGAAUCAAUGGCAGCUUCUGCCUCCUCAGGUCCUGGUACACGUGAACAGCAGGCUGGCAUGCACCAGACGCCCCGUAACUGCAGCUGUCACCCUCAGUUACCUGCAGGGGAGGUGCAGGAACUUGAGAUGGGGUGUCCCAGGCAGCCCUAGCUCUCCGCCCACAGGAACUCAUUUGCGGACACCAAGCCAGAAAAGCUCAAGGUUUUAAUUCAGCACAAAUAACCCACCUCUUUCCUGGGAAAUAGAAACUGAAAGCCGAAACUUCUGCCUGCAAAUACCCACUCGAGAGCCUCCAGGUCAAAGGAUUCUCUCGAGCCUUUGUCAUUGGCCAGGACGGCCGUUAUGUUAAUAAGGGGGCAGCCUCAGCCAAUAGGACGUCCCAGCACCCCCCUAGCUCCUGCCCAAACUCACUCAUUCAGGGGCAGAUCUAGAGGCACCUGCUUUUUACCACUAUUGGCCUGUGCCCAGGACUGACUACUCAGAGUCAAUGGUGCCAGGUCGGAGUCUUGGGUGGCAGGGGUGGCUGGUGGGCUUCCUGAUCCUGGCGGUGCUGGGUCUGACCGUGGCCCUGAUCAUCUUUGUUGUCAAGGCCAACAGCAAAGCCUGCAAGGAUGGCCUCCUAGCAGAGGAGGAGUGUCACAGUGUCACCCGCCUCCUGGAGGUCCAGCUAACCCAAGCCUGGGAAGGCUUACUGAGGAACGAGGUCCAGGCUGCCACCUGCAAUGAGACUGUGGUAACCCUGUUGGCUUCCCUGGAGAUGGAGAAGGCCCAGAGCCAGGAGUGGCUCGCGAAAGGGGAGGAGCUUCGGGGAGAGAUUGAGGAGUUGAAGCACAAGUUGCAGAACGCUUCGGUGGAGGCGGAAAGACUGAGAAAAGGGGCUGAGACCUCGAGCAAGAAAAAGGAAAUCGCGUCUGCCAGCUCCUUGAAAGCGCUCAGCCCCUUGGUGGUCUCUGUGCACCUGCUCCUGGCCUUCGUUGCUCUGCUGGCCUGAGGUCCCUGCGGAGUGGCCCAGUGCCGGAAGCCAAGCUCUCCAACCAGCCUGAUGGCAGGGCCCGGGCGGUGGACGGAUCGGUGGACGGAUCGGGACUGCACGGCGGCCCACGGACAGUGAAGCUUCUUGUACUCCCGCUUUUUAUGUAAUUUGGCCUUAGCGUUGGUCGGGGCAGCCCCCCCACCAAUGAAAGUACCUGGGGAUUUGUCGGUUGGGGAAUUGCCCGCGACACGCCCCCCCCUUCCCCCCCGGGAAGAGAACCAUUGGGGAAAGAAACAAGAUUCCGCAGGGAAAUUAUGCCGCCCCACAUGCAGCCCUUGCCACCCCCUGUAAAGACUCCUCUGCCUAAAGGAAGGAUAGCCUCCUACAUUUCCCAGCCGAGGAGGGGGACAAAUGGGUUCGAAAUCCCCACUCCGGCGACAAAGGAAUGUAUCCGUGGAUACAAGUUACUCCAACCCCUAGGUCCACUUGGCCCCCAGGAGGCAUUCCAGGUGAUAGAAGGACCUGGUGGGUUGAGGUACAGAAUGGUUCAUUAGUUCCUAGGUAUCCGUUGUCUCUCUGGGAGCGCAUAAGGCGUGGGUUCCCGGGGUCCUCUUGGCUCCCUCCCGGCACCCCAGACCAAAGCGAAUACUUCUGUUCCUUGUACCGCAAAUGGUUCAAAGGAACAAUCAAGAAGUCAUGUCCUUGUAAACGCUCCAUUUGAGGCGCUAAAUGACCUUUGAGUGUCGAGAGCUAGAUGACCUUUCGUGAAAACGGCAAAGCAAAUGCUUUAGAGACCGUAGAUAAGCGUAGAUACAUAAUGAAAGCAGUAUGAAGAAAUCAACCAAUAAGCAAAGGGCAGGAGGGAACGUUACAGGAAAAUAAUCAUGACGUUCCUUAACGGGUGAUCGCACAAAGGGACGUUUCUAGAAUUAGGUCACGGCGAGAAACAGAGAACGCGCGCUACAAGGAAAUCGCUAACAAACAUAAUGCCACGUUCGCCACAAUAAAGCGGCCAGGCUAACACGC